AUGUCGUUGAAGAGAUAUGUGAAGAUCGAGAAGGUAACUUUCAUUAACUAUGGUAAAGACUACAGGAAGCUCAGUGUCAUCGUCAAUGUCAUCGACCAGAACCGAGCUCCAAUCGAGACCCCUGAAAUGGUGAUGGGCAAAGAAGGCUAUCCAAAAAAGAUCGACGCAGUUGUCAUGAUGAGAAUUUUUGCCAGGAAAAUAAGGUCCAAAAAGAAAGCACAUUGGAAAUUUACCGGAGAAGGAAAGGUGGAAUGUCGAAAUGACAGGGUUACUUCCCUCGUAGAUAUAGGCCUAGUCAUUUAA